AUGGCAGCAACCACAGCACGUCCUCAGAGAAUAGGUCGCUCGAGAGUGUCGAAAUUAGAAGAAAGAAUAUCAACGUCUUCCUCCUAUUCAUCUCUCUCGUCGCUUGAUGCUAGUGAUGAUACCGUGUUAUCCACCGAGUCAACAAGCCCAGUCUUAGAUAAGGCUAAAAAUACAUCCACCUCGUAUUUGUUGUUACAAAGCCACAAGAGGUUCAAUAAGUUGAUUCAUAAGCAUGAGUUACCCAGGAAACUAUUCCAUAUGUCCAUCGGGUUCUUCACAUUAUACCUGUACACAAAGAAUGUGCAGAAAGAGCAAAUCCAGUUACCCCUGGUUGUGGGAUUUGUAGUGGUGUUUGCACUUGAUUUAAUAAGGUUCAGAUGGCCUCAAGUUAACAAACUUUAUUGUUCCACUGUGGGGUUCCUCAUGAGGGAGAGAGAGGUGGACGAGUAUUAUAACGGUGUUAACUGGUACCUGCUCGGGUUGGCUGUAGUUUUCUUGUUUUUCAAGAAGGAUAUUGCAGUCAUGGCAGUGCUGUUACUAAGUUUAUCCGAUACCGCUGCCUCCACGGUCGGGAGAGCUUGGGGCCAGUAUACACCCAAGAUCACCAGCCACAAAUCUUUAGCUGGUUCGUUGGCCGCUUGUGUCGUUGGAAUAUUGUCAUGCUACCUCUUUUAUGGAUAUUUCGUUCCGAACUAUCCCGAAUGCAAUGACAUUCCAAACCAGUUCGAAUGGGUUUCCGAAAAAAGUGGCCUCAACAUUCAUUCAUUGGCCCUCCUUUCUGGAUUGGUCGCUAGUGUAAGUGAAGGAAUUGAUCUCUUCAACUGGGAUGACAACUUCACCAUUCCAGUUCUAUCAGCUGUGUUUUUACGACUGGUUAUCAAACUGACAAAUACAGACUAA